ACUGAGGGUCAAGGGUUCGGGGCGAGACCCGGGAACGCGGCCCUGAUUGGCCCGGCGCACUUGAGGCCGGGCUCCCAUUGGUCCGCGGCGUUGGAGUGCGGGACUUCCGGUGCGAGACCAGCCGGGACUUCCGGCGCAGCGAACGCCAGUUUGAAGGAAAAUCUGGCGCCCAUUUUGUCCGUUCCCGCCCGGUCCCGUCUAGUCUAGUCCAGUCUAGUCUAGUCCAGUCCAGUCUAGCCGCCCGGUCCCGUCUAGUCCAGUCUAGUCUAGCCGCCCGGUCCCGUUUAGUUCAGUCCAGUCUAGUCCAGUCUAGCCGCCUGGUCCGGUCCUGUCCGGGUUUGUCCUGUCCCGUCUAGUCUAGUCUAGCCGCCCUGUCUGUCCGGGCGGGAUGGCGGAGCCGCGGGCCCCUCGCUUCAGUGACGCUGCGUUGCGGGUGUUGGUGGAGCAGGUGCGGGCCCACAAGGAGCUGCUGUUCCCCGCAGACGGCAGGAAGAUGCCGCGACAGACGCUGCGCCAGGCGUGGAGGGAGGUGGCGAUCGGUGUCAACUUACAGAGCGGAACCCCACGAUCAUGGCUUCAGUGCCGCAAGAAGUUCAACGACCUGACCCGCACGGCCAGGGACAAGUUGGCACACAAAGCAAGGAAUCUGACUUGUACUGGGGAACGGCCACCCUCCAUUCAAGCCACCACUCAGAUGGAGCAGGAAGCUCUGGACAUCGUUGAGAUAUACAGCAGCAGAAGCAUUGAGAAUGGCGAGGCUGGAGGCCAAGGACCACAGGAUGUAUCCCAUUAUUUGGGCCUUUCUGGGCAGGAGAUGGUGGUGGAUCACUUGACUGAAGAUACAUUGUCAGUGGCUGCAUCCUUCCAAUACACCACUGAACUCAAUGUUUCCAGUGGGAGAGAUGGGACAGAUGGAUCAGUUCGGGGCGAAUUAUUCGGUAAUAGUGAGCAAGACCUGACCAUAAUGGAAAGGACAGUGCAGGAGACAGAUGGCCGAAGGGCAAGCUCUGAAUCGAGUUACUCGGAGGAACACAGAGAUCUGAAUUUGAGUGGUCCAGCAUUUAAAAGAAAAAUAUUCCAUGUUCAUCAUCAGUUACUCGAAGCUUUGGACAGUCUGUCCAGGAGCUGUCUGACCCUGUCAGAGAGUGUAGAGGAGUCUGCUUCUAUACUGUGUGGUGUUCUGCCACAAGGAUUUGCUACUCUGCAAGCUACCAUGGACAAUGUGGCCAACACAUUAGAUGCUGCAGUGAAGCCUCAUGUUCAAGAGUCUGUGGGCCCUGCAAUAACAACAUUGAUUGAGGCUCAGACUGAUGCCAUUCAGGCUUUGGCUUGCACUAUUUCCUCUGGCUUAGAGAGGUUGGGGGGAUGUAUUGAUAGAGGUUUUAAUCAUGUAACAGUACUCCUACAGUCUGCCUUCCCACAUGUGAGUGGGAAUGUUGACUCCCAGACCUGUGGUUCUGCUGCAUUGGGAGAGACAUAUGCUGCUGCUUCUCGUAACGACAGAAUAGCUGGCUCUUUGCCAUGCCCUGACUUCCAGGCCCGACAGACCGCACAAUUACUACAGUCUCCAGUUAGGCCCCCUCAUGCUCCAACCCUUUGAGAUCGGCAAUCAUGAGAAUGGCCCAGUCUGCUGCACAAGCUGCAACCACUGGGGAAUCCGUGUGAAGGUGUAGCAAGGAAAGCACUUCAAAAGACCUGUAGGAAGGCACCUGAGUGCUAAUGUGGGUUCCAUGAUAUCAAUAAAGUGUAAAACGGGGGGGGGGGACUUAUGUUUGGCUCGGGGAGGGAACAGUGGCGUGGUCUGCUCUGAUAAAAAAAAAUGCCAUAAAGGAUGAUUCUGGUCACCUUUUUGGUGAGAAAACCGCAACCUCAGACCGUGUCGGGAAUGGUGCCAGGUGAUCUUGAAAGAGAUAUCCUGCGGCAUGCUGUGAUGAGUUUGCCAGUGCGUACAGGUUUAUGUUAGUGCAUGUAGAAACACCCUGGGGCGUGCUCUGCUGUGUACUUGGAGUUUGUGAGUGUGUUUGGGGAUAUUCGGCGUUACGUGAGUGUAUGUGUCUUAUAAAUUACUGAGGGAAUCAUUAUUAUCUGAAUCCAGUGAUUUAUCAAACACAACACUCCCCCCUCUUCCUUCCCACUCCCCCCUCCCCUCACCACCCCCUCCCCACCUCCCUCACACUUCCCCUCUCCUUUCUCUCUCCCCCUCUCUCUCCACCCUCUGCCUUCCCCCUCUCUCUCCCCUUCUUCAUCGCCCAUCUCUCUGCCCCUCUUUCCUCUCUCCCCCCUCUUUCUUCCCCCAUCUCUUGCAUCCCCUCUCACAUUUCCCCCCUCUCCCCGCCCUCUCUCUCCAGCCUAUCGGUCUCCGCCAUCUCUCCCCCUCUUGGUUUUUAAUAAAUUAUUAAACAAAUACAAGCCUUGUGUUGAUAGGCAUAAAAAGGCAUGUAUUUCCACCAAAAUAUGGUUAAAAAUGUUGAUGCAAAGAUGAAGUGUGCGUAUGUGUGGGGCUUUUCCAGAGUGCGUAUGUGCGGGGUUUGGUGCCGGCGAGGCCUGUAGAAUCAGCAAUAUUUUCCAGACGCUUUGAAGUUAUUUACUACACAAAUGAGUUGCUUAAAGCUUAAAUAAAGUUUAAGUAAAUUA